AUGAUUGGAGACUAUCGGACGCAGCUGCGGCAGUUUGACCAGUGGCGAUUUUGGAUCAGCACUGCGGAUUUCGCCCUCCCCAGAAACAAGCAAGCUCUCAAGACGCGUAUUCGGAACGGCAUUCCUCCGCCUUUACGGGGAGCUGUCUGGCAGCAGCUCGUGCAAGUUGAAAAGUUCAAGCAGGAAGGCAUUUCCUCAGAUCUCUACCUUCGCCUCAGCAGCGGUGCCGCCCCCUCUGUCACCGUUCUCUCCAUGAUUGCUCGCGAUGUCAAUCGAACGUUUCCAAAGCACCCACUCUUCAGAGAUCAGAAGGCUGCUGGACAGCAGGCACUCUUCAAGGUUCUCAAGGCAUACGCUGCCUUCAGUCCAGAUGUCGGAUACUGUCAAGGCAUGGGCUUUGUGUGCGGCGUCUUGUUGCUGCACAUGGAGGAGGCAGAGGCCUUUACGCUGCUCGCGUGUCUGCUGAAGAAAUUCUGCCUGAAGGGAUUGUACCAGCCUGGACUGCCUCUGCUAGACAAAUACUUCUUCCAGUUUCAACGCUUGCUGCACUCCCACAUGCCAGGGCUGAGCCUCCACUUACGCUCGGAAGGCGUGGAGCCGUCUAUGUAUCUUUCAGGCUGGUUGCUGACGCUGUUUGGGUAUAGCUUAUCGCUGGAGUGCGUGGCAAGGGUAUGGGAUGUCUUCUUCAGAGAUGGGGAGAAGAUGCUCAUGCGAACUGCGCUGGCGGUUCUCAAGAUCUACCAGGAUGAGCUGUUGUCUAAUUCUUUUGAAGGCAUCCUCGAAAUCCUCAAGGUGGGGCCUUCCCGGGUGUCGCCUUCGCUGCUGCUCGAGACUGCGCUGCAGCUGAAAGUGCGUUCUUCCACGCUGGCAGCGUUGGAAGCGGAGUAUCUGAUUGCUAGAGCGGCGGCUCCGCUGGAAGCGAUCCCCCCCGAGCUGAGCGACUGCCGAGAGCACCAGGAUAGGGGUUUGGUGUGA